AUGGCACCAAUAUCGAUACUUGACACCCACAUCCACCUCUGGCCACAAUCCAUGUCCAAUGAAGAUGGCCAUUCGUGGAUGACUCCCGGAAUGCCAUUGGCAAAGCAGCACGUCCUCUCAGACUACUACAAAGCCUCGCAACAAGUAGAUACAUCCUCCUUCUCACAAGAGACUAUGGUCGAAGGCGUCGUCUACGUCGAGACAGACGUCCGCUACGAAACCCCAUCAGGAGAUCUCACGACUUGGGCGAAAGGUCCGCUAGAUGAGGUCAAGUUCCUGCGAAGUAUUGUCGAGGGAGAGUACGGCGAGAGAGAUAGUGAGAUGCUCAAAGGAAUCGUCGGCUGGGCGCCCAUGGAUCAAUCAACCUCUGUACUCAAAGCCUGGCUGGACAUCGCCGAAAAGACUGCUGGCCCAAAGACAUGGGCCAGAGUCAAGGGAUUCCGCUUUCUUCUCCAAUUCAUUCUGGACCAAGCCAAGUUCGAAAACCUCGUGCAGAGUCAAGACUUCAUCCAAAACCUCCGCAUCCUCGGGGAAAGGGGCUUCUCCUUCGACGUCGGAGUCGAUCAGCGCUCGGGCGGCUCGUGGCAGCUUGAGGCGAUGACCAAAGCCAUGAAAGCCGCGCACGAGGGUGUUGGCAGUGAGCUCAAAGUUACUUUCAUCAUCAACCACCUCUGCAAACCGGACUUCGAAGCUGGCGAGGAGUCCUUUAAUCGUUGGAAGAGUGCCGUGGAAGAGAUGUCCGCUCUCGACAAGACGUACAUGAAACUUUCGGGCGCUUUCAGCGAAUUGCCCGAUGGGUUGUCGAGCACGGAUACGAUUGCAUCGAAAAUGAAACCUUGGGUUCAGCAUGUGCUCAAGUCCUUUGGACCACAGAGAGUCAUGUUCGGUAGCGAUUGGCCGGUAUGUAACGUGAGAGGGCCCAAAGGAGAGCAAUCUUGGGUUGCUUGGAAGGAUGUGGUCAAAACUAUUUUGGAUGAUGAAGACCACGGUCUGACCGAGGAAGGUAAACAAAAAGUCUGGAGGGGCACAGCAAGAGAAGCCUAUCGUCUGGAAUAG